ACAUCUUAGUCAAACCACUGUCUCUGGAAAAGCCUUUCAUAUUUUAUACUAAAAUGCCAAAGCUCUCAAGGCAGGACUCCAUCUCGAUAAACUUAAGUAACUCAUCAGUUACUUUUGAAGACGACCAAUUCGAAAAUCCAGACGAAGCGUUUCUGCAUAAGGGAUUCUUUAGUUUAUCCUCCAACUUAUCUAGAGUACAGAGUGUUAUGUUGGACUACAAGCAGUUCAAGGCGGCUCGCACAAUUCAGCGUUAUUUUCUCGGAUGGAUAGUUCGCGAGCAUUUGAGAAAACUGAAGCUGGCUGCAAUAGUUAUUCAAAAAUGGUGGCGCCGAUUCGCGGCUCAGAGAAAUUUACUUUAUGUUGCCGAAAGGGCCUUGCAAUCGGCUACUUUGGCCCAUUACGAGAGGUCUGCCACCGUGAUUCAGACCCUCUAUCGCGGCUGGUGGUCUCGGAAACAUAUCUUUGACCUUACCAUGCUCAAGAGCGUGCAGAAUGCGUUGGCAACGGACCUCAUUCACACUUUGGUUAAGUACUUGCACUCGACCAAGAAUUCUGAAUUGCUGCCUGGCGUUUACACUGUUCGAGACUCGGGCACGUGCCUGGAAACAUUGGAGGAGCUGAUGGCAACAUUUGGCUUUCGAUAUUAUAAUACUCAAGCUUGCUACAAAAUGUCCAAAACAUUGUCGAUGUUGGCAGACGGCAGAAAAGCGUUUGCGGCCACAUUACAUUUCACGGAUGUACCAUAUCCCGGCUUCAAUGAUCGCGGAUUUUGUGGCCCUCGACAGCUUUCUACCAUGACCUUUAAUAUAACAGAGCCAAAACAUUUUGAAUUCAUUCACUCGUUCCUGUCCGGUCGUAGAAAAAUUGGCAUGUCAAUAACGGCUAAGUUCGAGCAAAAAAUGGCCAACCAUGCGGAAGAAAAUCGUUUAAAUAUGUUCAUAAAUAGGGACAACAAGAAAAAAAGUUUCAUCAAACGGAUUUAUCUUGACAUGAAAAACUGGCAUUAUUCAAAUGGGGAUCCAAUUCUUCCCAUCAAGUUGUUCAAAAGUACUGAGAUGCCCGUGGUUCUGGAAGGUGCCCAGAAAACUCUGGAAUCAAUUUUCGGUGAACUGAAGCCAUGUGUUUGUCCAACGAGCAAGGACUUAGCUUACCUUAUAAAUUCUCUUAAUGGUUUCUAAGAAGUUUAUAAUCUUUGCAUUUGUAUCUUUGUAAACCUUACGAAUAUCCCAUAAUAUUGAAUUUUA